CGAGAUUGUUCAUGUUCUGACUACAUUUUCUUGAACGUCUAUCGAUAUAUUGGAUGCAGUUGUCGAAUAAACACAGUUUCUAUGUAUUCGAAUUUUUAUACAUAUUUUAAUUUAUAAAAAUAAAUUAUAACUGAUAAAAUUACGUACACUAAGAAGGAAAACUACUAUUUCAGAAAAACAAAAUCUACGUAUACAAACGCAUUCAUUUUUGGCGUACGUUUGACGUUUUCUCGACGAAUGAGCGAGUGAAUUCGGCUUAUUUGACAAGUUGGCAAUUGGUAUCGGUGUCGUCGGUUAUUUAUCAACAACUCGGAAUUUGAUUUCUGUGUCCUCGGAUAUCAUACAAAGUUUAUUCAACAUGAAGAUGGCCGAUGGAACUAAUAUUUUGAGGCGUAACAGGCCGGGAACGAAAGCCGAGAAUUUCUGUCAUUGGCCAGAAGAGUCAUUUGAAGAAAUGGAUAGUACUUUAGCUGUUCAACAGGUAUUUAUAAUUUCAGAACUUUUGCUACUGGAUAUUAAUAUUCUGUAUACAAAUUUAGUUGUAAAAAUAUUUAUUUCUUACAGACAAUUUUGUAUGGAACUGAAUGGAUUAGCUGUGAAAUUACAGAAUGAAUGUAAUCCAGAAACAUGUACUCAAAUGACGGCAACUGAACAAUGGAUAUUUCUUUGUGCAGCACAUAAAACACCAAAAGAAUGUCCUGCUAUAGAUUAUACUAGACAUACUUUGGAUGGUGCAGCCUGUUUGCUGAACAGUAAUAAAUACUUUCCUAGCAGGGUUAGCAUCAAAGAGUCAUCAGUAGCAAAAUUAGGUUCAGUUUGUCGAAGAGUUUAUAGAAUAUUUUCUCAUGCUUAUUUUCAUCACAGAGCAGUAUUUGAUGAAUUUGAGAGUGAAACUUGCCUAUGUCGUCGUUUCACCUCUUUCGUUACCAAAUAUAACCUGAUGUCCAAGGACAAUCUGAUCGUGCCCAUCCUGGAGGAAGAGUCCAACACAGGAGAGAGUGAAGCCUGAAUCAUUCCUAUCAACUUGCCUGUCUCUCUUUCCUGCCAGUGAAACUAUGCUGCCCAGGAGAGAGGCAUUCUGGCAUUGUGAACAGAAAGACAGAUGUUAUUUACACCAGUGAAACAUAAUUAGUGGAAAGGUAACAGCAGGGUCAGUCAGAAUCUGGCUAAAUCUUUAGUCCAAACCAAUCUUCAAUAAAAUCUCAUUUUCCUUAUUAAUCCAACAUACUCAUUCCUUUCCCACAAAUACAGAUUGUCCAUCAUCAGUAACUCUGGAUUUGGGUCAGUGUCCUUUCCUCUUAAAUCACUGAAAAGGAAGGACUCUGAUUACUGUCUAAACAUUAAUUUUAUGUUUGAUGCAUGCAGACACAAAAUUAAAAUGAUCAACAUCGACAACUGAUUUUGCCAAUAUUCUGUUUUGACUCAAAUUAUGAACAGAGAGAAUUUCUUUAGCUUAUUGUUAAUGCUGAAUCUGCCAUGAUUUGCAUCAGUCUUUAUGAAAGUGUCAUUUAUUAUUAGUUGAGAUAUUCAAUGGAUAAUGCAUGUUUCAUUCCAAUAAUGCAUGUUUUUCCAGCAAUUCAUUGUGAUGCUUGAAAAUCAGAACUUCUGUCUGUUAACUAAGCUAUUAAUUUCAAAAAGGGAUUUAUACAUCAGAAAUAUGGAUAUAGUUUGUGAAUAGUAAACAAAAAAGAUAAGAAAAGAUGGUCAGACAUCUAAAAGAUAGGAAUUUCCAGCAAAUCAUUUUUUUUUGUUUUGUCACUAAGAUGUUUGAAGUGAGAAAUGUGUAUUGAUUGCAACAUACUGUAGGUUUAUCUAUGUUUGUUCUGAUCAACUGUGGCCUGUUGGCAACCAGCAAUUUGUCAUAUUGCUUGUAAAUUUGGGGUCUGCUGUCUAUAUUUAAUUAAUUCAAUUUUUAACAGAUGCUGGUCUUAAAUUAAGGCUUAUUUGUAGUCAAAUGUAGUCUGGUACCAUCACUGCUAGUCCAGAGUUCCCUUAAGUUCACUGCUAGAUUUCGAAUUAUAGAUUUGACACUUGAUGCUACACCAUUUUGUUCUAUUUUUAAUUCUUUAUUAGAUUUCUUUGGCAGACUUUUCCACAACUUUAGACAAUUAUCAGUUAUUUUUAAAAUAACUAUAUUGUUUAGUAUUAAAAAACUGAUCUGUUAUAAGUAUUCAUACCAGUUUCAGAUCUAAUCUUUACCUAAUUUUCUGCUUAUUUUAUGAUUUUUAUAAUCAAAUUUUGACAGAUAGCUGAGUUGGUGAAAAUAUGAUUCUGUUAUUCUGAGGGAUCUAAGUUUGAGUUCAGGUCAGAAAUAUUGGGAAUUUUUAUUGGCAAUUCAUUCAGCACAUGUGGAUGUUGUUUGUCCCUUAGUAGUUGCUACCCCCUGUUGUGAGUUUAGCUAAAUUUAUGAUGGACAUGGAGGAAAAAAAGGACAUUCUGGCUUAGGACAGAAACUAAUAAAAAAAAAUCAAAUUAUACGUCAAAGAUAUUAGGAUAAAUUUAUUAAGGCAGUACAAAAAAUUCUCUUCUGUGUUAAUUCAAUUGAACUAUUUUCUUCUUUCCAAUUUGCACUACAAAUUUGUGUCAGGCAAUAUUCACUGUUUGAUGUUUGAUUCAUUAUCAUGUUGCUCCAAAUGAGAUACUGACCAGAGUUUGACUAUAAGGUGUAACACCACAUUUAUCAACUUUGCAAAUGGCUAGCAACCUCAACUUCAUAAUAUCAGUAGACUGUAAAUAUUUCUGAUAGUAUAUUUAUCUCUGUCUACUGAUAUCAUGACUAGACAGUCUACUAUUUACAAAUAUGUAAAUAGUAAUUAGACUGAAUUAAAUAUUUCCUAAAAGUUGACAUAUAUGUGGCUGUGGAAACUCAAUGUGAUGAAUAAAAAGUUGACCAUUUACCAAAAUUAUUAUCCAUUACUUCUUAAAGGCAUAUUCAUACUAGAAUUGUUCUGUCAUACUCCAAAAGAAUGACAAAAAGACAAAUGCAUAUGCACUUGUACAGUUAUCUAUUAAACAGUGUAAGCCUUAGCAAAAUGGACACUCUUGGAUUCAUGUUUUUAUUCAUGCUAUUAUGAAAUGUAGAACUUUUUAUGGUGGAUGUGACAUUAUUAUUUACAUCUUCACUGGUUGAUAAAUUUUUCUCCAUUGCUGCUGUUUGUCAUUAAUAUUCAAUUAUUGUGGUAACAGCUAUUGGAGACACAGUUGGACUGGAUGAUUCUAGGGUGAAUUUACCUUUAGCCAGCUACCAUGAUUUUUAAAAAUGUAUGGAUUCUUGUUGAUGUGAUUUUUAUUGGAACUACACCUCUUAUUUGUGAUGACAUAGUAAAAGGUUUGCCAAGAUGACAAAAGUACAGAUAAUGUCUCUUAUACUGAUAAUUAAUUCAACAUGUUUAUCAUACUGUCAUCUCUUACUUAUUAGCUAUUAUUAUUAUUUACUAAUCUUCAAUUACACUCUUCUGCAGUGUUUAAAUAUGUUAUGAUCAAUUAGCAUAUAAUUAAUUUAUUUAUACAAAGUUUGUAAACUAAUAAUGAUUAUAAUAAUUUGUUAUGUGCAGUAAUUUUUUUAUAUUUUAGAAGUACAGAUGAAUAUUUGUUAGAGAUUAAUGAAAUAUAUAUAAGUUUUAAUUUUUUUUUUCUUCUUUCAUUCAAGAAUUGAAUAAAUUAUUUUACUGAUUUGCUCUAAA